CACGCCGUCGUCGCUCGGAGAGGAUUUCCCAUUGUGGCGCGCGUGUUGUUUUGUGUUCAUUCGUCAGCUGUUCGCCGCAUCAGACGCGUGCACACCGCUGUAUUGUUCGCACGCACGUAUCGGUGCUUGGCGUUUUUUUUCCGUUUUUCUUGUCGCCGUCCGUCGUUUCCUCGUCGAGUAUCCUUCGCCGACAGCGAGUCGACUUAAUAACGUGUGGCCUGCGAUAUCGUCUCAAACACUGUCCACCGCCGCCGCCGUCGUCACAGCGACUCGCCGACAGACGACACUGUAGCUGCCGUCGUCGUCCGCGCAGUUACAUUGAAUGCAUAUUUUGAACUUCAUGUUUCAACCCGUAACCGAGUACUGCUGACUAGAGCACCAUGGUCAAGACGUUUCAGGCGUAUCUGCCGGACUGCCACAGGACAUACUCUUGCAUUCAUUGCAGAGCACACCUGGCAAAUCACGACGAACUUAUAUCCAAGUCUUUUCAAGGCAGUCAAGGAAGAGCAUACCUUUUCAAUUCUGUUGUAAACGUUGGAUGCGGUCCAGCAGAAGAAAGGAUUUUGUUGACCGGACUACAUGCAGUCGCCGAUAUAUAUUGUGAAUGCUGUAAGACCACCCUGGGUUGGAAAUACGAACACGCGUUUGAAUCCAGCCAGAAAUAUAAGGAGGGCAAGUACAUAAUCGAAAUGGCACACAUGAUCAAAGAAAACGGCUGGGAGAGUCCGCCGAAGAAAUGAACUCCUAUCGUCUUUCAAGCUAUCUCUCUAUCUCUUUGUCUUUCCCGUCAUGCGUUUCUCUCGUCAAAUUCUCUUUGUUUUUCCAUAUCCAUUCUCCUCCGCCUAUCCAACUACGCCGAAAUUCACUCUCUCUUUUUUUUUAUUAUUAUUAUUAAUCCAAUCUCGAAAAGUUUGACGUUUUUCCGGACAAUCUGUUGUUGAUAUUGCCAACAAAAUGUUCACCGUAUAACCGCGACAAAAUAUGUUGCCGCACAGUUAUGGCCACAACGAAGGUGAAUAACAUUAUAUUCACGCUUGUCAUAAUAUUUUCGCCAUCGACCUAGCUCCGCUGGAUAUGCAUGCCCAAGCGAUCAACGGUAAACGACGGAGGAAAAUCUCAAUUAAUAGGUACACCGAAGUUAACGUUAGAUGAUUAGCUUACGGUCUUAUUAAAAUAAUUAUUGAUGUAGUAGUAAUUAACUAAUGAUGUACCUAUUUAUAAUGUUAAGUAUUUAUGUGAUAACGUGAUCGUAUAUAAGAGUAAUAAAUAAUAUGGUCAGCACUGUAAAUCGAUUAAAAAAAACACACACACAAAAUUAGAGAUGUAUAUCAUCUUUCAAAACUUUUUAUUCGAUAUAUAUUAUAUUUAUUAUUAUUAUGACCACAAAAAUAGAUUUAUAGGUUUAUUGAUAAUAUUACGAAAUAGUGAAAAAAAAAUGUAAAUUCUUGCAUUGUACAAAUAAUAAUAUAGAUAGAAUAAUAUAAAUUCAUUUAUUUUAUUUCGAUCAAUUUAUUAUAAUAAUGAGCUAUUUGUAUUAUUAUACAAUAUAAUUCAAUGUCAAAGUACUAAAAAUAUAAAUUAUAUAUUCUAUAAAUUAACGCAGGGUUUCGUUUUAAAUAUUAUUUUCUUAAAAUUAAUUUCAAUUGUAUUUUUAAUUGAAUAUUUAUUUUUCUUUUACAAAUUGAUCCGAUCCUAUACAUUUUGAGAAAAAAAUAUUUUUAUGUUAUUCAAAAUUAUUUAAGAUGUAUUAAGGCUAACCAAAAAAACCUACUAACCCAUUAAUAAAAAAAAGAAACUAAAAUUCUUGAUAAAAAAAAAUAAUAAUAAUCGUACUGCUUACAAUCAUCUAUCAGUUCUUAUAAUAUACACCAUAAUAAUUUAUAAUAUCACUAUUAUGUAGAUCAAUUUAAUAACAUAUAACAUAUAAAAUUAACACACUUUUUAUCUGUCGAUUUUAACUCGUAAAAAAUUAUUUUAAAUAUUCUAUUAAUUGGAUGUUAAGUACAGUAUUUUCAUAGUUAAGUUUAUAAAUUAUAAUACAAUAAUUAUCGAUAUAAAUGUUAUUUUCGUGUACAGGUUACAGAGUGUCCCAUUCGAUGGUUAGCUUUUAUUUUUAUCACAGAGCGGCGUAGUACGUAUCUACGUCAUCUGACAUUUUUAUUACUGAAGUAUCGUUAUUAAAUUCAUCUUUUCUAAAUACUAAUGUAUAUCAUGUAAUAGUGCAUGUAUAUUGUAUAUACAUCGCUCUGGUAAUAAGAAAUAAAUAGGUAAUAUUGUACUUUGGCUUUAGCGUAUAAGUAGUUAUUGUAUUUAAAGCCAAAAUAAUUAUCCAUAUAUAUCCAAUAUGCUGUUAAUGGUAGUAUUUAAAAUAAGUUAUUACUUUUUAUAUUUAAAAUAGUGCUACUUCAAAUUAUUGUACUUAAAAAUAAACUGGUCUCAAAAAAAAAAAAAAAAAAAUCGAAAAAAAAUAAACUUAGAGAGAGUAGUUACUCUAAAUCCAUCGGUUUAUGUUAUAGCAAUUUAAAAAAAAAACUUCCAUUUUAUUUUUGUCAUCGACUCGAUUUUUUUUUUCAACUAUACCUACCUAUUUUUUUGUAUUUUGUAUUUUUAUUUUUAUCAUUAAAGUUCCUGUGAAAAAAAACAAACUUUUCCACUUGUUCUUGACAAAACUGAUCUCAAAAUAUAAUAAAAUAUUUUUUAUUAUAUUUUUAUUAACUAUCAGAAUGGCUGAGUUAUAUGAAUAUUUUACUGGAAAUGUAAAAUUUUGUUCUAAACCAAUGGAGAUAACUAGCACAACUCUGUUAUUUAUAUAAUAUAUGAUCGUCUGGGGAAUCGUUUGUAAUAUUAUACGUUCUGAUCCUAAUAAUAUAUUUCCGAGCCACAUAAUGUGUGAUUUUCCUAAUUGCAGUGUAUUUACUGAGAAUCAUUUUAAACCGAUCAAGUGCCUAUUACCUAUAUCAUUUUUAAAUAUAAAAUUAUAAACAUUUUCAAACGAUAAAAUAUAUUGAUCUAUCGCAGACGAGAUGAGGUUAAAAAAUAUACACAAAUAUACACAAAUACAUAGUCAUGUAUUAUAUAUUUAUCAUAUUAAUGACAGCUUCAUAUUAUCAAAUAUAAAUUUGUUUUCUCAUUUUUUUUUUUUUUGUUAAUUGACUUUUUUUUUUGUUUAUUCACUAGGUACUUAUAUUUACGUAAUCGAUGACCAACUACUCUAAUCCCUUUGUUUUCCAUGAUCAGAAGACAUAAUAUGUUUUAAACAAUAUAUUUAUAUUUAUACUCACUUUUUACUAUUAUUAUUUUAUAAAUUUUAAAAUCUAGUCUAGUAUCUACAAAAUAUUUCAAUACUAUAAUUAUUAUACGUGUUGCAGUAGUUUCCCCCAUGAAAAUGUAUAAGAACUAUAUUAUUAUCGUUAGACUAAUCAAUAAUAGUGAGAUAUAUUAUGUUAGGGAUCAAAUUACGUACUAGGUAUUAUAAGUUAUUAUGUAAUAAAAGUAUUUGAACGUAUAAGAUAGUUCUGUGUGCUUUUAUUAUUAAAAUUGUUAAUACAUAAAUCCCAUUAAAACUUAAUAUUACUAAAUUUUCAAAACUAAUAAUUUAAUAUAUACGCCGUAUUUUUGUGUAAUACAUGUCAAAAGUAUUCAGAUUAUUUUAAAUUUUUGACGAAAAAAUAAUUUAUGUUGAAUUAAAUAUUAAAAAUACAUCAAUACCUAUGCUACAACUAUAAUAUACACCUAUAUAUAUAUUAACAAAAUAUGUGUGUGUUGUACAUCUGUUUGUCUGAUGUUUGAAAUGGGUAGUAUUGAUUAUAUCUAAAACAAUUUUGUUUGUUAUUUAAGUUUUAUAAUAUAAUAUAAUUAUUAAGUUAUUUUAACGUAUUGUUUUUUAAAAAUUUUAUACUUAACAUCUAUGUUUAAUAUUUAGUAUGUUUUAUAUAUUAAGUUUCGAUUUAGGAACGUUUAACCUAUUAUUUUGAGUUGUGAUUUUUUUUUUGAAAUGUGUAUGAAUUAAAUAAAAAAACAUUAUAUGUGAA